AUGAUAGAGAGAACAGACACGAGGCAGCGUUAUGAGUGUGACGUGCGUGGCAAGGCCUGGCAGAAGCCGAGCCUGCUGGAGAUCCACCAGCGGGUGCACACGGGAGAACGCCCCUUCGACUCCUCGGAGUGCGGCAAGACCUUCACCAGCUCCAGCCACCUGCUACAUCACAACCGCGUGCACUCCGGCGAGAAGCCCUAUUGCUGCUCCACCUACGGCAAGAACUUUACCCAGUUGUCGGGGCUGCAGGUGCACCAGCGGGUGCACAGCAGUGAGCGGCCCUUCACCUGCACCGACUGCGGCAAAGGCUUCAAGUCGUCGCCGGACCUGAAGCGGCACAGGCGCAUUCACACCGGGGAGCGGCCCUACACCUGCGCCGAGUGUGGCAAGAAUUUCACCCAGUCCUGUCACCUGCUGGUGCACCAGCGCACCCACACCGGCGAACGCCCCUACACCUGCGCCCAGUGCGGCAAGGACUUCACCAGCUCCACCAGGCUGCUGACCCACACACGCACCCACACCGGCGAGCGUCCCUACACCUGCGCCCAGUGUGGCAAGAGCUUCACACAGUCCGGCACCCUGCUGGUGCACCAGCGCACCCACACCGGCGAGUGGCCCUACACCUGCGCCCAGUGCGGCAAGGACUUCACCUCCUCCAGCAAGCUGCUGUCCCACCAGCGCACCCACACCGGGGAGUGGCCCUACACCUGCGCCCUGUGCGGAAAGGGCUUCACUCAGUCCAGCAGCCUGCUGGAGCACCAGCGCAUCCACACCGGCGAGCGCCCCUACACCUGCGCCCAGUGCGGCAAGCACUUCACCCGGUCCAGUCACCUGCUGGUGCACCAGCACACCCACAUCGACGAGCGCCCCUUCACCUGCACCCAGUGCGGCAAGGGGUUCACUCGCUCCUCCAAGCUGCUGUCCCACCAGCGGGUGCACACCGGCGUCGGUCCCAUCCCCAGCUCGGUGUGUGGAGAGCGCUUUGCCAUGGCCUCCCACGCCAUGUCUCACCAGUGCGUGCACACCAUUGGCCAGCCCUACGACUGCCCGUACUGCGGUGAGGAGUUUGACAGCUCGCGAGGGUUGCGGCAGCACCGGCGGACCCACGCCGGCGAGCAGCUGCUCCCACUGUGACA